AUGAGUUUUCCAGAACUUCUGGACCGCAUUGGUGGCAUGGGACGCUUCCAACUCAUGCAUGUGGCAUUCCUGGCCAUCCCGCUCUUAACCUCCAGCCAUAACCUCCUGCAGAACUUCACUGCUGGGAUCCCAGAGCAUCACUGUCAAGUGCGCAUCAUGGCCAACUACACCCAUCAUGCCAAUCUCACAGCCAGCCUACCUGCUGAAGAUCUGCUCCAGGUUUCCAUUCCCAUGGACAGGAGCCAGAAGCCGGAGAAGUGCCAGCCGUUUGUCACCACCCAGUGGCAGCUCCUAAACCCAAAUGCCACAAGCACCAACACCAUAGAGCUGGAUAUUGAGCCGUGUGUAGACGGGUGGACCUAUGAUAAGAGCCUGUUCACUGACACCAUUAUAACUGAGUGGGAUUUGAUGUGUGAGUCCAGGACACUCCGGCAAAUGGCGCAGUCGCUCUACAUGGCUGGUGUGCUGGUGGGGUCAGCUGUGUUUGGACGCCUUGCGGACAGGUUUGGCCGGAAAGCCCUCCUUAUCUGGUGCUACCUGCAAAUGGCGGUAACAGGCAUCUGUGCUGCUUUCUUCCCCAACUUCACCACGUACUGCGUCUUCCACUUCCUCACCGGCCUGGCCAUUUCUGGCAUCUCGGUCAAUUCUGUCUCGCUGUGUAAGUAG